AUGACGCAAAUGGACUGGUUUCUUUUAGGAAGCAAAUUGAUUCAGAUUGGGAGUUUGGUCAGCUUCUGCAUUCUGAUAACUGCUGGAAGGAUGUUGUUGCAGAAGGAUCAGAAAAAACUGCUUACUGCAAGGUUGAGGAGGGCUGUUUACAGGGAUAUUCUGCCCUUGUUAAUGACUUGUUUCUGCACAGGUAGUGAUGAUUGGAGAGUGCUGUCAAACUGGAAUGUUGCUAGGCUGUGUGGUGUUACUGUGUUGCUGCUCAAGCUAUCUUUGAGAAUCUUGAAGGAGUGA